GCAUGACAGCCAAUGGAGUUCCGUGGGAGAAUUCUCCAAUCAAAGUUUAGGGGUGACAGGCGAGGGCGGAGGUUCGAGCCAGGAACCGCCUCUGAACUGGCUAGAUGUUUUUGAAUAUUCAUAGGCGACGUGCAGUUCAAUGAGCGCGCUGAUUACUGUUUUUACCAAUUACAUUUUUGAUGCUUACUAUCAAUGGUGGGACUACCCAACUAUUCCCAUCUGAUGACGUAGGUUUUAAUUCGCUGCGAGGACUAUGUCAACCACACCACCAGGGGCUCAGCGUUUGGACAGGUGUGUUACCUGUGGCUGCUUCAGAGAAGAGAGAGGGGUUGGCUUAGUAUUUUCGUUUCACGUCUCCUUCCGGCACAGAGCAUUCUGACGAGGUGACCAUACUCACUGAUUGUGGAAAGUAGAGGUACAACAUUCCUGCUGUGCUUCUAGACUGUCUAUGUGUCACUAUGGCUUUCUUGGAGAGUUUUCUAACCGGUGCUCUGUUUAAACAGACUGCUUGUUAAACCUUGUUGACACACAUUAAAUCCAUACUUUUGGAGGGAAACCAAGAACGCCACGCCAGGAUCACUCAGAAUUGCCUGUUUUAAUUUGCUGGUUGAUUGGGCACCGCGUUCUCCAGUGUGGGGGCACUGACGCAUUGUGGAGUCGACGGGUUGAACUGCCAAACCGGCUGCGUUACAGAGGGACGCCUCGAUGUGCGAACCCGCGAUGGCCGUGGUUCAGCUGGAAACGGACGACCACCAACCGGAGAAUGGCUUCGUAUCACCCGAAACAACGUCUCCGGCAUUGCUAUCGCGCAUUGACGGCUGCGUCUUGCCAUUUCUUGGGGGAUUUGGGAACUACCAAAAACAACUCAUUGUCCUGACAUGGAUCCCGGCGUUGUUUAUAGGAUUCAGUCAAUUCUCUGACAGUUUCCUCCUAGCUCAGCCAAACAACACAUGCAUUUUCCCGACGAUAAACGGAUCCAAUCUGACAUUGAGUCCUUCUCCAUUAUUUAAUGGUCAAAACAAUAGCAGCGUGAGCGCGCCGUAUUCAUCGCUAAACGGUACGCGCCGCCACAACAACACGGACGAUGCUCACUGUAUGUGCACUGAGUGGAGGUACGAGAUGCAAAUGGGACUUCGGGAGAAUGUGGUCACAAAGUGGAACUUGGUGUGUGGCUCCAGGAGGAAGGUUCACAUUGCAAAGUUCUCCCUACUGGUGGGCUCCAUCUUCGGGUAUCUAGUGAUGGGCAUCCUGGCGGACUGGUUUGGAAGGCACCCUGUGCUGAUGAUCUCGGUCCUCUUCAUGCUAGUGUUUGGCCUGACGGUGGCCUUCUCUGUCAACGUGCCGAUGUUCAGCACCCUACGCUUCUUUGAGGGCUUCUGUCUGGCUGGGAUCACCCUCUCCCUUUAUGUCCUGAGUAAGUAGGCAGUGUGAAGACGUUACAUAUCUGAUCAGCAACCCGUUUUUUUUAUGUUCUCUGUAGGCCUAAUCUCGUGGACCAAACGCUGUUUUUAGACAGUUAAUCUUGCAGCAAGGCAGCAGUUUUGAGCCUCGCAAUACAUCAGAUGUGGCAAUCUUGAGAGGGCUGUGUUUCACAAAGUGCUUCCUGUAGCAAUCUCUGAGAGUCCAGCCUCCUCUAGUCUCGGGAAAUAAAAAAAGGCUAUGUAUCAAUGAAUGCGAGGGACGGGUUACUACCAGCAGACUUCAGUCCUUGAGUUCCAACAGUAACGGACUUCUAGGUCAUCACUGAGAGUGAAACCGUUCUGAACACCCUUGGUUCUGUCACGUUGGUAUUCUCUGUAUUUAUUGUCAAGGAGCCCUCAUGUUUAUAUUUCUUGUCUGCCAGUUUUUGAUGGAAAUGAUUUCACUUUUCUGCUGCACCCAUCAGGGGAUCCCUUAGUGGAGCACUGUCAGAAAACACCUUUGAUCAUUCUUUAAGAAAGCAUUCCUGAGAUACGAGGGUAGAGCGGAUCUGAGGAGGGGCUGCUGGCUGCCUAAUAUGGGUCAUGUUUUGGAACAAAGUGGAAAAGGGUCAGCGCCCGCGUUGUGUGUACAAAACAGUUGGGCUGGCACACGGGAAAGGGCAGCACUCAGCAGUGUCUGACCACGCUCCUCGCUUUCAGGCUGCGAUGGUGGUCCACUAUCCCGUGUGAGUUUGUGUGUGUGUGUGUGUGUGUGUGUGUGUGUUUGUGUGUGUGUGUGUGUGUGUGUGUGUGUGUUGAAUAACAAGCAUCUCGACUAACUAGGCUCGAAUUCUGAAAAUAUCAACUGCACUUCAUCGAACAACCAUCACCACACAAUAACCCAUCAUCAACCUUAACGAUCCAGGAUCUUCCUUCCGAGGACAAUCGCAGGUUUAGAAUCACUGCACGGUCUGUAAAACGUGGCUAAUAGCCCUCUGAUUGACUUGUCCUUUUCCUGGCCUGUCCAGCGAAUGUGAUCUCUGGCUAAAACGACGAUCUGUUCCCCCAUGGCCGUGCUGAGUCCCUGGCCUGUGAGUCCAUUAGGGGCCGAGCGAUGAAUCCCUCCUGACGUGCGCGACCUUCCCGGGCUACAGUAGAGGGCUACAGUCUGAUGAGCGAUAAUCUGCCUCCGAUGGCCGCUCUCGUGGACAUGGCCCCACGAUAAUUGGCCUUGCAGAGCUAACGCUCUGUCUGCGGGCGUGAUGGGACCCAUGAAAAGGGCCGCCAAGGCAGCUCUAAUUGUCUG